AUGGCUCAGACCAACCUCGGGCCAUCCGAGGCGCCGUCCCGCACCUCCAGUCCCCCGGAAGGCGAGCUCCCUGUCGUUGUUCGCCAAGCAAAGGACAAGGACGCCAAGGUGAUCGCUGACAUCGGUUGGCGUGUCUUUGAAGCAACGUUCGCGCACACAUGCAGCGCGGACGAUAUGAAUGACUACCUCAAUACAAACUUUACGCCUGAUGUUAUCUCAGCCGAGCUGCGCGACGAGCGCAAGACAUUCUCCGUUGCGAGCAUUGGCGAUCAGGUCGCUGCCUUUGCCGCUCUCACAACCGGCACUCAUGAGCCUUGCCUUGAACACAUUCCCGCGCCGGAGCGUGUCGAGCUGCAGCGUGUCUAUGCCGACAUCAACUUUCACGGACGGGGGGUGGCACGUGCCCUGCUCGACGAGACGCUCAGCGUUGCCCGCAAGCAAGGCUACAAGUACAUCUGGCUCGGCGUCUGGGAACACAACUAUCGCGCACGUCGCUUCUACGAGAAGAUCGGCUUCAAAAUGGUGGGCAGCCACGACUUCUGGUUGGGCAAGGACCAGCAGACAGACGACAUCUUCCUGUUGGAGCUUUGA